GGGCCGGCCCGGCAACUGUCACCAGUCACCUCGUCUUGCUCGGGCUGGACACGCUUUGUUUCCGCCGCCGCCCUUCCGCCGUCGUGAGUUCGCCGCCGGGAGAGAUGGGUUUCGUCGGCGACACGGUGGAGUCGAUCCGCUCGAUUCAGGUCCGCCACGUGCUCUCGCAGAUCAUCAGCCUCGGUAUGAUUGUGACCUCGGCGUUGAUCAUAUGGAAGGGAUUGAUAGUUGUGACAGGGAGCGAGUCCCCGGUGGUAGUGGUUCUUUCUGGUAGCAUGGAGCCUGGAUUUAAAAGGGGUGAUAUCCUAUUCUUGCACAUGAGCAAAGAUCCUAUCCGCACAGGAGAAAUAGUUGUUUUUAACAUCGAUGGCCGUGAAAUUCCAAUUGUUCACCGUGUAAUUAAGGUCCAUGAACGUCAGGGCACUGCAGAAGUCAACAUCCUCACAAAAGGUGACAAUAAUUUUGGGGACGACCGACUUUUAUAUGCACACGGUCAGCUCUGGCUCCAGCAGCAUCACAUUAUGGGACGUGCUGUUGGCUUUCUUCCAUAUGUUGGCUGGGUUACAAUUAUCAUGACUGAGAAGCCAUUUAUUAAGUACCUGCUGAUUGGUGCACUGGGCUUGCUGGUCAUAACAACGAAAGAGUAAAGGUGUCGACCUCCAUCAUAUAACUUGCUCUUAUGGUAUGACUGUAUGAGCAAUGAACUUAGGGGGAGCUGUUCGAUUUCAUGAUGUAUCAAACAAGAAUUUUCCUUGAUAUGUUAUAAGAGCAAUAGAGCAUACUCACUAAUUUAAUACAGUCUCUCAUGCAACAUCCAUAUUUUCCA